AUGGUCUUCUGCUUUUCUUGCUUCAACUUCUUCCGAACCCGAUUUAGGCUUUCAAUUUCUUCUCAAUCUGGUACAACGGUAUGUUUUUGCUUCCUUUUAAAAUGAGUGAUCGAUCAAUCCGCCUUUUGCUAAGUUUUCAGCCAUUGAAAAUGAUUUUGAAAGCUGACUAGGAAUUAUUCCAAGUUUUCAAUGAGUAAAUUGAUUCAAGUUAUAAUCUUAUCGAAAAUUUUCUGUCGGUUUUGAGAAUCUCAAAAAAAAAUCGAAGUACAACGCUCAAUCGCCCGAAUCUCAGAAGUUUUUCUUUUGAAACGUCUCUGAAAUUAGAUGUUCACUUUUUUCAGUUAUUUAGAAAAACAUUUAAAAUCCCCCCAAAAAUGAGGUCAAGAUUUUGAAAAAAAAACAUUAAAAACCUGAAAUCUAGAGGAUUUCUGUAACCAUUUUUUUCCAAGAGUUCAGAAAAAAACUUCAGCCCGGCCCAACGAAUGAACCUGAAGCUCCUUUUCUGCCAAAGCCUCGGUACGUCUUCACAAUGGACGACGCGAUGGAAGAUCCGAGUUGGGCCAUUCCAGCCGAUAUCCUCGCCAGAAGGGCCCAAGAUCGUCUGCGGGCUCUUGGCGUCGUUUCGUGA